UUGUGAUAUCUCAAUUGUUUUUCUUCGAAAACAGUUAGGKUUCGGUUACAAUUCGUGUUAAUUAUGGGCACACAUCUCCUGUUACAUUCCUAAAACGUGACAAAGGCUAUCUUCUAGUGCGCUGUACAAGCUAACAACAUGGGUGAGAGGAAAGGACAAAACCAUUACUACCCUCCGGACUUCGACCCACAGAAGCAUGGCUCCCUCAAUGGUUACCAUGGAACCCAUGCUCUACGAGAGAGGGCCAGGAAACUGUCCCAGGGUAUCCUCAUCAUCCGGUUUGAGAUGCCCUAUAAUAUCUGGUGUGAUGGCUGCAAGAAUCACAUCGGCAUGGGUGUACGUUAUAACGCUGAGAAGAAGAAAGUGGGGACCUACUACACCACGCCAAUCUACAGGUUCCGGAUGAAGUGUCACCUGUGUGUGAACUACAUUGAGAUGCAGACGGACCCAGCCACCUGUGAUUACGUCAUCGUGUGCGGUGCGCAGCGGAAGGAGGAGAGAUGGGACAUGGCUGACAAUGAACAGAUCCUCACUACAGAGCGUAGUGAGAAGGAGAAGUUGGAGACAGAUCCCAUGUAUAAGCUGGACCACGGUGGUAAAGACAAGGAGAAACUGAGGAAGGCUCUUCCCUCUCUGUCUGAGCUACAGGAUCACCAGGCUGGAUGGAAGGACGACUUCAUACUCAACAGCAAGCUCCGCAGGAAGUUCAGGACUGAGAAGAAAGUGAUGGCGGAGGAGGAGGAGAAAGACAACGCCAUGAGAAAGAGGACAAAUCUGUCCAUCCCUCUGCUGCCUGAGAAAGAGGAGGACAAGAAACUAGCAGCACUGCUCACCUACACAGCUCCUGACUCCUACGAUGACAGGCAGAACUACAAGCGGAAGGAGAUCUCUAGCCGCUCCUGGUUCAGUUCCCCCACUCUGCCACCAGGUAGCGCUGCAGGCAGCCUACUUCAGAAGCUGGGCCUACAGGGGAAAGGUGCUGCUGUGGCCAAAGCCCUGGGUCCCCAAGCCUCCUCCCCKAACCCACACAGUCUCAUAAGGAGGAGGACCGAGGGCUCUGGGAACAAACCAGAGGCCUGCGCUACAGUCACACGCAGGAAAUCAGACCCAGGAACUAAUGAUCUAGGAAACAGUCUCUCGCCGAAGGGGAAGGAGUUACACGUUGCACAAACACAAAGGACUGGGGGGACAGAUUUGGGAGUUGCACAGCCUGAGCAGAGACUGGAAAUGGUUGAAACUCACAUGAGAUCUCUGGAGAUGCAGAUUCUUAACACCACCACAGAAGAAGAGGACAGAGGACGAUCGAAAGGAGAGGAUUGUGGGACAGUGCUGGAGGACCAUGACAGUAGUCGCUCUGGGGUGUUGAGGACGUCACUGGUUGCAGACUACAGCGACUCCUCCGACUCUGACCCCGGGGUGUCGGGGGAAGUUUCCCCUAGAUGCUGAUCUUGAGUCAGUUUUCACUUUCCUCCACUAAAUGGUUAAGGUUGGGGGAGGGGAAUCUGAUCCUAGAUCUGUACCUAUGGUAAACAUCACCCUGAAGCCAGACCUAGGAGUAUGAGGAUGGACUGUUGACUUUGUGUUAGACAAACAAUACCUUUAGCCUGGUUAAAACAA